GGGGAGACAAGGGUGAGUACCUGGGCAGAAUGAAUGGAUCGGUGGGCUAUGUGGGAGGCCCCAGUGAUUUUCGGAAUCCUGCGUUUGUGGUUAAGCUCCACAAUUAGGGUAUUUUUCUCCAAAUGCACCUGGCAUAGAGAGGAUAGCUUAUGGCACCUUUGCUUUGUCCAGGCUGAGGUUUGGUGGGAAGGUGUUAUAACGCCAGGACCUCCGUGCUGCCCAUUCCCAGUAAACUUGACUCCUUAAAGACUCCCAGAGUAACACAGCAGUGGCCACUUGUUCUGUAAAAGCUUUGGCUUCUUUAUUAACUCCAUUUUAUCUACCAUGCCACAAAAGUUCGAGUUUCAAAGCCCAAGAUGUACAGCUCCCUCUCAGUUCCAAGCCCUUCGAUCUCUAGACAGCCCACAUAUCAGAAGGGAUGGGAGGAGAGGCUAUUCUUCUAUUUGGUGCAGGGACAUUGUCCAGCCUUUGCUAUCCCAUGAUUCACCAUCACCAAAUUAGCCCUUCCCAGGCUCCUCAACACUGAGUAUCUGAAGUUGGGUGGAUUUUAUGGGCCACAGUGGCAAAUACUCAUCCCCGCCCUCCUUCCUUAUUUAUUCCCUGGCUCUGACUGGCUCCAAGCUGAGUGGCAUCCAGACAGAAACACAAGUGUUCUAGGUGAUUAGCUAGGAACACAAGGCACAAUUGGAAAUCCAUUGUUUAAACAAUUGCCUGUUUGAUUUGUCUCCACUUCCUUUUGGGUAUUAGGCUUCCUUUUGAUUAGUGCUUGGUUUCUGGUAAUAAACAUGACACCAGCUUCAUUGUUUUAUUGUGAAGAUUUAAUGUGAGAAGUAGUGGGUGCGAAUCACUCAGCAGGGCAGUGCGUUUAGACAGCAGUACAUGUUGCCUUUUUUAUAGAGAAGUGCUGCAUGAAGGAGAGGCUGCUGGAAGGGCUUCCACUGGCGAGGGUGGGUGGCAAAGGUCCCUUCCUUCAUCAUCCUUGUGGCAACUUGCUUAUCUUAUCUAUACCCAACAAGUCCAGUAUAUGCCUGAGAGAUUAACUCUAGUCAUACCUCAGCACCAAUCAUGGGGAGCCACGUGGAUGGGAAAUUACAAUAAAAGGCGGUCCACAGCAGACUUGCAUUCUCUCCGCUGGCCAGAGGAGGAGGAACCUUCUGUCUUCUUACCCCGAGCUGCAUGGAGAGUCUGCACGCUGCUGAGUAACCUGUGUGGCUCAGUUUAUGGACAUGAUGGCAGGCUCUUAUGUCCUGUGGCUGACCUUGACCUCCUGCAUCCUGACCCUGGCAUCUACAGAACAGCAAGGUUACGGAAACCUCACUGGCACCAGUUCCAAUGGGCUGGACUUGGAAUGCGGGGCCCCUGGCACCCCAGAGGCCCACAACUGUUUUGACCCCUGCCAGAAUUAUACCCAGCUGGACCAACCCUUCCGUAGCACAGAGAAUACAGAAGAAGAGCAGGGGUGUGACAUGGACAUGCGUGGCUGGUACCGCUUUGUGGGAGAUGGAGGGGUGAGGAUGCCGGAGACCUGUGUCCAAGUGUACCGAUGCCAAACGGCUGCUCCCAUGUGGCUGAAUGGGACGCACCCCACCCUCGGGGAGGGCAUCGUCAGCCGCACUGCAUGUGCCCACUGGAGCGACAACUGCUGCCUCUGGAAGAUUGAGGUGCUGGUGAAGGCCUGCCCGGGGAAGUACCAUGUGUACCGGUUGCAGAGCACCCCCCAGUGCAGUCUGAGAUACUGCACAGACCCUUUGACUGCGGAGGACAAGUGUGACAAGGCCUGCCGUCCUGGGGAGGAGUGCCGACUUGUCAGCGGCACCUGGGGCUGCUUCUGCAGACAGGACUUCAAUGGCUCUGAUGUUCCCAGUUUGAAGCCUCAGCUGAACUGCAGGGCUGAGGAGAUCACGGUGUCAAUAGACAAGUGCCUGCUGGGAGGCCUGGGAUUUGAGGACGAAAUCAUUGCCUACCUGCGGAACCAGAACUGCAGUAGCAACCUGCAGAAAGAGGAAAGGAACUGGAUCUCUGUGACCAGUCCCACCCAGGCUGGUGCCUGUGGACACAUUCUGGAGAGAAAUGGAACCCAUGCCAUCUACAAAAAUACCCUCUCCUUGGCCAGUGAUUUCAUCAUUAGAGACACCAUCCUCAACAUCAAUUUCCAGUGUGCCUACCCCUUGGACAUGAAGGUCAGCCUCCAAACUGCCCUGCAGCCCAUUGUAAGUUCUCUGAACUUUAGUGUGGGUGGGGAAGGAGAGUUCACUGUCAGGAUGGCCCUCUUCCAAGACCAGAGCUACACGUCUCCUUAUGAAGGGUCUGCCGCUGUGCUGUCUGUUGAAUCCAUGCUCUAUGUGGGUGCUAUAUUGGAGAGAGGGGACACCUUCCGGUUUAACUUGCUGCUGAGGAACUGCUAUGCCACCCCCACUGAGGACAAGAAUGACCCUGUGAAAUAUUUCAUCAUCAGAAACAGCUGCCCAAAUCAACGUGACUCCACUAUCCGCGUGGAGGAGAAUGGGGUGUCUGCAGAAAGCCGGUUCUCGGUUCAGAUGUUCAUGUUUGCUGGAAAUUACAACCUAGUUUUCCUGCAUUGUGAGAUUCAUCUCUGCGACUCCUUUAAUGAACAGUGCCAGCCAUCUUGCUCAGGAAGUCGGCUCCGCAGCGAAGUAGUGGCUAUCAACCCAGAGCGGGUUCUUGAUUUGGGACCCAUCACUCGGAGAGGUGCCACGUUUCUUGGUGUCAUGAAUGGAACACCCAGCACUGCAGGGUUCCUGGUGGCCUGGCCAAUGCUUCUGCUGCCAGUCCUCCUGGCUGGGCUGUUCUGAGAGCUCAGCUGGGCAUCUGGCCUGCAGCUCGUCUUGUCUCUGGUGAUGGCUUCUAGUCACCCUUUGGCUCUGCUGGUUCCCUCUCCAAAUCACGAAGACGAUCCUGGUGUUCACAGACUCCAGGCCAGCCUAGGCUUGGGGAAAGGGAAGAGCUUCACCUUGUUUAACACUCUCUGUGCCUCUGCAUUCGUUUUUCUCACGCUGGAGACCCUGUCGGCAUGGGUUGGCCUGACUUCCUCAUUCGUUAGCUGGAUCUUGAAGCAAACUUGCUAGAUGCCUCAGUGGCUCCAACCUUUACUAGAAGGGUACCACACUUUCCAUGUGUAACUCCAGAGACGAGAGGCCGUGUCAUUGCUGGGAAGGGGAGAUGGAUGAGCUUGUAAAAAAGGCACCUCCCGUGGCUCCUUCCCAAGCACUCCCUGUCUGACUGCUGGUAAAUUGAACAGACUGACCUUUGCUUUCA